GCCCCACCGCUCAGAUUCCAGCGCGUCUCCAAACUCCUUCCUUCCUGUCGGCGCGUUUCUUCCUUUCCAUCCAGCUUUUUUCUCCUUUUCUUCUUGUUGCCCAAGUUGCCUUUCCGAGGACGUGCGGCCCCGUGCACCUGCUUCCUAGCGGGUUUGACAUGGUUCACACACCUGAAUCGCGCAGGGUGAGUCCGGAAGACGAGCACGAGCAUUUGCGACUACACCGACAUCGACAUUAACAGUGCCUCCUCCAUUGUCCGUUGCCCCCCAGGACUUACGCGUUGAUGACGCAACGGAUGGCCUGGCCAAUGAGGACCAUGUUCCAACUGAACUCUCUCUGGAGACACAACUCUACAAACACAACACCAUGAACUCCGAGGCCGCAGUGAGACGUCAGGAGAAGUGAGAGCUUUGUCCAAGGGAAAGCCGCAGAGGCUGCGGAGAUGGCGCUGAGACGGCCCAAUGGGAUGGGGCACCGAGGUGUGUGGACCUCGCUGCUGCUUGUGUGGAUUACGUGUGCGACCCAUACCUCAAUGAGUGCCCUUGCCAACCAGUUGAGAGGUUUGGACCAAGGCGGGACAGCGCCAGGAAUGCGCCAGCCUGGCGAAGUACGCGGAACUCUGACUCGAGCCAAGAGGGGAUGGGUUUGGAAUCAAAUGUUUGUGCUGGAGGAGUUUUCUGGACCUGACCCAAUUCUCGUUGGCAGGCUGCACACAGACUUGGAUGUGGGCAACAAGAACCUUAAGUAUGUCCUGGCAGGUGAAGGGGCAGGCACUAUCUUUGCCAUCAACGAAAGGACAGGGGACAUCCAUGCCAUGAAACGGCUCGACCGCGAGGAGAAGGCUGAGUACACGCUCACGGCACAGGUGAUAAACCGAGAUACAAAUGAACCUCUGGAGCCACCAUCUGAGUUCAUCAUCAAGGUUCAGGACAUCAACGACAAUGCGCCUGAGUUCACCAAUGGCCCCUACCAUGCCACAGUACCUGAGAUGUCCCAAGUGGGUACACCGGUCACCAAGGUGACGGCAACAGACGCAGAUGACCCGGUGUAUGGCAAUAGUGCCAAGCUGGUCUACAGCAUCCUGGAGGGGCAGCCCUAUUUCUCCAUUGACCCCAACACUGCGGUCAUUAAAAUUGCACUUCAAGGGAUGGACCGUGAGAUGAGGGAGGAGUACCUGGUCGUCAUCCAAGCCAAGGACAUGGGGGGUCACAUGGGUGGGUUGUCAGGGACAACCACUGUCACAAUCACACUUACUGAUGUCAAUGAUAACCCGCCAAAAUUCUCAAAAAGUCUUUAUGAGUUUACCAUACCAGAGGACCUUGGAAUUGGCCAAGUUGGUGGAAAAGUGAAAGCAAAUGACCGGGACAUGGGGGAGAAUGCCAAGUCAACGUAUAAUGUCAUUGGUGGAGAUGAUAAGGACGUCUUUGAAAUCACCACAGAUUCCCAGACGCAGGAGGGAAUCCUAAGGCUGAAGAAGCCUUUGGACUUUGAAAAUAAAAAGUCUUACACCCUGCGGGUGGAGGCGACCAACGUGAACUUUGACCCGCAGUUCAGCGGCAGUGGGCCCUUCAAGGACACGGCCACAGUGAAAGUGGCUGUGGAAGACUCGGAUGAGCCACCUGUGUUCACGCAGCCCAGCUACCUGGUGGAGGUGCAUGAGAACACAGGUGUGAAUGCUGUCAUCGAACAGGUGGCUGCACACGACCCUGACAUCACAGGCAGCCUCGUCAGGUACUUCAUUGACCGGCACACAGACCUUGAGAGGCAGUUCAACAUCAAUGUGGAUGACGGGAAGAUCACCCUGGCAAAGCCCCUUGAUCGGGAGAUGGAUAUGUGGCACAACAUCACAGUAACAGCAAUGGAAGUCAGAAAUCACAGCCAGAUAUCUCGAGCCAUCGUUGCCAUUAAAGUGCUGGACAUAAACGACAAUGCACCAGAGUUCGCCAUGGAGUAUGAGACAUUCCUCUGCGAGAAUGGAAAACCUGGUCAGGUGAUACAGACAGUCAGCGCCGUGGACAAAGAUGACCCAAAGAAUGGCCACUUCUUCAUCUACAGUCUGGUGCCAGAAAUGUCAAAUAACCCAAACUUUACCAUAAAAGACAACAAAGACAACUCCAUCAAUGUGUUGGCCAAACAUGACACGUUCCGGCGGCAGAAGCAGGAGAUGUACUAUUUACCCAUAGUGGUCAGUGACAAUGGCAGCCCACCCAUGAGCAGCACAAAUACACUCACCAUCCGAGUGUGUGGCUGCAGCAAGGAGGGCAUUGUGCAGUCCUGCAACGUGGAGGCCUACGUCCUGCCCAUUGGCCUUAGCAUGGGGGCGCUCAUAGCCAUCUUGGCUUGCAUCAUCCUGCUUCUAGUCAUCGUGGUGCUCUUUGUGACGCUGCGGAGGCACAAAAAUGAACCUUUAAUUAUCAAAGACGAUGAGGAUGUCAGGGAAAACAUCAUCCGCUAUGACGAUGAGGGUGGUGGCGAGGAAGACACGGAGGCCUUCGACAUUGCCACACUGCAGAACCCUGAUGGGAUUAACGGCUUCCUGCCACGAAAGGACAUCAAGCCCGACCUGCAAUUCAUGCCUCGUCAGGGCCAGCACUCGGGGCCCAAUGGCGUGGAUGUGGAUGAGUUUAUAAAUGUGCGUUUACAUGAGGCGGACAAUGACCCUACGGCACCGCCUUAUGACUCAAUCCAGAUCUACGGUUAUGAGGGGCGGGGCUCAGUGGCCAGCUCGCUCAGCUCCCUGGAGACAGCCUCUUCAGACUCAGACCAGAACUUUGACUACCUCAGAGAGUGGGGGCCACAUUUCAGAAGACUUGGGGAACUCUACUCUGUGGGUGAGAGUGACAGGGAGCCUUGACGAUGGACCCACAGAGAACCGAUGAUUUUGCCCACAUACUUGUGUAUUAAGCGAGGGUUGCCAGAUAUUAGGAGUCCCUGUUGACAAAAGGAGGACACACAAAUCUUGCUUUCAAAUGUUAGAUGAAAGGAUAAUGUUCGUCAUCUCCAGUACCGCAUAAAAUGCAUCGUAACGUUGAGCAAAAGAAAAUAAUGCUUAUAUUAGGAGGUGUAUGAUUCCUGUGGAGUGUGAAUUA